AUGAAGGUUUGAUCAUAUCGCUUCUUGAAAAUCCUCCUUAUAUUUCUUGAAAAAAACAAAAAUUUUUUUAGAUUUUUUUAAAGGCGCAUAUGUUCAAAAAUAUUGUAGAAUUUUUUUCAAAAGAAAGGUCAACUUUUUAUAAUUUUUUUUCUGAUUUUUUUCCUUUCUCGUCUCUCCUCACCGGCGAGAGAAAAAGAGAGCGCAGACAGGUCAGACUGUUUCGAAAAUGAAAAAUUGCAUCUUCAUCGAACAUUUUUUUAUGUUUAAUUGAAAUUAAAAUUUAUUUUUUUAUCAUGGAGAUCAUUAUUCAUUUUUUUGAAAUCUCAGAAAAUCUGAUUUUUUUGAGCUUUUUCUUGUAUCAAAAUACGAACAAAAAAAUAUCAGUUUCCCUUUUUUUCUUUUUUUGGCUUAAGUUGGAUUUUAUCUCAAUCCUUGUCAACACCAUCUUCUCAAGAUUGAAGUCAUUUUUAUUUUCGACUUUUUUGAAAUUCGCGUAAGCCAACCCCUUUUUUGGACUGAUUCACUUCUUCGACUUGCCUCUGAAAAAAAAAAAUAAGUACAUUUUUGCAGGAAGAAGGCACCACGCAGCCGUCUUCGCCGUCCUCCUCCUCCAAGUCGAUGCUGUCGGAAUCAACGGCGCGACCACAGGCGACGCCGACCCACCACCUCCACCACCAGAUCUCGCAAUCGCAGCAGCCCCCGCCGCCCAACCUCGACGCCGCCAACGUCCAGAUCCCCGAAGGGCUCCUCCUUUUGGCCCUCCAGGAGCUCCAACGGUCCACCUCGGCUCCUCAGCCGCUCAGACCCCCGCCGCCAGCUCCUCUCCCUAGCACACCUUCUUUACCGAACUUCGGAGGGGCCAACAAUGAUGCGGCGCGGAUCUUCCAGCAGAUGCUCCUCAGCCAGAUGCUCAUAUCGCCUCAGCUCCCGGCGGCCCUCGAUCUGGCGUCGACCCUGACGUCGGUGACGACGCCGCUGUCGACGACGAUCCCGUCGGCCGUGACGGCGCCGCAGAAUGCCCUCUGGCAACACAACAUGUGCGGCUGGCCGGCCUGCGAAUUUCCCUGCGACUCGUUGGCCGCCCUCCUCAGGCAUCUUCAUGAGUAUCAUCCCUUCUCGGAAAGGUGAGGGGUGAUUUUGAGCAGAAAAUGAGCAGCUUAUAGUUAUAUUUUUAUCAAGAAAUAGGUUCGCUAGGUCUUUUUCGAAAUAAUUUAGUUUUUGUCUCUUCGAAAAAAAUCUAUAGAAAUGUAUAUGAAUUUCACGGUUUCCUGUGAAUUUGAGCGGAAAGAAGCACUUUUUUCGUCAAGAAACAGUUUUAAAGCUUAUUUCUGAUUUUAAAAAAAAUAUAGGGACACCUUUAGGGUAUCAUCCUUCUUCGGAGAGGCUUGGGUUGAUUUUUUCAGAAAAUUUUAGAUUCGGCUUGAUUUUGAGCAAAAAUAAGGUUUUUUAUAGAUUGUUAGUCAUAUUUUUGAUGUAAAAUAGCUUUCUAGACCUCGAGAUUUGAGAAAAUUUGAAAGUUUCAGUUCUAUUUUUGCUUAUAAAGGUUAGUUCUGGAUUUUAAAGACAGUUAGGGGCAGCUCUAGGGAAUCGUCCUUUUUUUGGACUGGUUUGGCUUGAUUUUGAGCAAAAAUUUAGCAUCUUUAAACGUUUUUUAGUCUUUCCUUUGUUUGAAAAAAAAAUUUUUCUCCAUUUUUUUUAAGUAAUUCAAGUUCUGACUCGUAAAAAAAAUGUAGAAACACGUCUUUUUUCAGAAAUUCAUUCACUUAGGCCUCAACAAGGUUUUCACUGAAUUUCGAAUUUUUCUCGUUUUCCAGAACUGUAGAAGAGAUGCGGGCGCAGAUCGAGAAAGUCGAGACGCUGGAACAUCGGCUGACCGUGGAGCGCAAUCGGUUACAAGGCAUGAUGCAGCAUCUGAGGAUGAAGCCGUCGCCCGACACGACGACGCCGUCUCUUGGAAAGGUUUGGAAACGCUUCCAAGAAGGAAAAAGCCUUCUUUCCAUGAAGUUGGAGAAAGAAUUCGAAGUCUAAAGAUUUUUGAGGUCGCAUUGGAGGAACAGAAAAAAAAAUCCACAGCGGAAAAUCUUAGAGUUCAUGUCUUAUUGAAGAAGUGGGAGAAACAAUUCAAAUUGUAAAAAAUCUGAGAUUCCAUGUUUCCUUGAAGAAUUUCAAAUGGAAACAUCUAAAUUUUUUUGUUUCACCAAGAAAAAAAGUGGUUAUUAAACUUUGUACUGGAAAAAUCUGAAGAAUUUAUGUUUAAUCCUGAAAAUAGAGGCAAGGAAAAUUAUCCAAAUACUCUUUGAUAUUCCAGAUGAAGAUUCUGAAACCCUUAGCCAACAAAAUUUACUAGUUUUCUGAGAAAUCAGGGCUCAAAUUCGAACAGUUUUGGCUGUGUUGAACAGUUUUCGAUAGUUUUCUCCGACUUUGAGAUUUUCUGGAGAAUAUUUCAUAGUGCAGCUUGAGCCUUUCGGAAUCUAGGGCAUCAAGAAAAAUUUUGACGGAUUUUUAAAGAUUUCCCAACCACAGAGCAAGAAAGCCUUUAUAAUGAGAAAAAUUUUUCUCUUUUUUUUUUUCUCAUUUUUCAUUAUUUUUCGAGCUUCUAGUCCUCAAAAUGCAUUUCAAAAUCAUUCAUGACUAAAACUACGACAUUUUGAAUCUCAGGCCGAGCCUCAAUCGCCAAUUCGAUCGCCAAAACACGAACCCUGCGCCCUCAGUUACCCGGUUAUAUCCCAGCCGACCUCGAACUUCAAUCCGGAAGCUCCAGCGUCGACGUCACCUGCGCAGGUGUGUUUUUUCUACUCAAACUCGUGGAAAUUCGAUAUAUUUAACUGGAGUUUUAUUGAAAAGAUUUUUUUGUCGAGGAGUCCGCGUGAUCAAGAAGCUCAACUGAUUCCGAUAAGACUCCUUAAGUGGCCACUAAGAGUUUAAGAAUGGUAGAUUCCUACAAAAGCUACUUGAAGUCUGAACAAGCCAAAUUAAUCAGAUCAGACCCUUAUAGUGGUCACUAAGACUUCUAGAGAACUAUAGCUUUAGUAAUAUCACUAAAAUGAUCACUUGUAGUUUUACUUCGCUUGUCAGUUUCAUCAUAUCGCUAGGACGCACUAUCAACUCUAGAGAAAGCCCUAAAGUAUCCACUGGGAGUUUAGAAAGUCUAACGGGCUAUUUGAGGACCUAGUAGUGGUUAUGGAUACAUAUAGGCGCUUUGGAAGUUUCAAUGAAGUCCCUAAAGUGAUCACCUAACGUUCAAUGGGGUCUGGAAGGCUCAGACUCCAAAAGUAGCCACUUACUGAUCUUAGAACUCUCAUUAGACUCCCAAAGUGACCACUCGGGCAAACUCUAACUUGCUUCUGUACAAGUACUUUAGAGCUAAGCGGUUGGGAAGUUGCAAUUAGUUUAAUAAAGGGACCAAUUAACUUUUAAUGAGGUCUAGAAGUUUCAGACUACUUGAGUAGCCACUGGCUGAACUAGGAAGUCUCAGAGCUCCUAUUAGACUCCUUAAAUGACCACUCUAGCCGAGCCUAACUUGCUCCUUUCCAAGUACAUUGAAGAAAGGUCGAGACGACCAUCUCCUGUUGCCCUGUCUAUUUGUACUGCUGCUGGUGUUGCUGUUGCUUCUAUGUCUCCCUAUUCCUCUCACUCUCUCGCCGUUGUUUUUGCGGCGGAGCGCGAUUGCGCAACACACAGACACACACGCAAACGGACCCGUGGCUUAUAGUCCAGCCCGACAAUUGUUUACACAUACAAAUCGAUAUCGUCGGCCCCGUAUAAACAACGUGCGUGGCCUGAUGCGAGUUUUGACGGACGGACGCGGGGGAAAAAGUUUUGCUGUGGUCGAAAUUGAUGGAGAUGUUGGGAAAAUUUUAUGAAAUUUUCAUUUUUUGAGCUUUUUCAUAGGGAAAGGGCUGAGAGAACGGUUUUAGUAAGAACAAUGACGUCAAAAUGUUAAUUUGAAAUAAAUUUACUAGAGAUUGAGAUUGAUCUCUCUAGAAAGUGAGAGAGCGCGUAAAAAGGAGGAGAGAAUAGACAGAUUGAUUCUUAGAGAAAAUUUUUGCUGGUCGAAGUACAGGAGAAGUUGGGAAAAGUUUAUGAAAUUUUAUUUUUUUUUUUGAGCUUUUUGAUAGGGAAAGAGCUUGGAAAACGGUUUACUCGAAAAAAUGACGUCAGAAUCAUUUUUGAAAUCAAAUUAAUUCGAUAACUAGAGAUUGACGUUACUUGGAAGUUAGAGAGCGCGUAAAAGGAGGAGAGAACCGACAGAUUGAUUCUUAGGGUAACAGUUUGCUGGUCGAAGUACAGGAGAAGUUGGGAAAAGCUCAUAAAAAUUCCUUUUUUUGAGUUUUUUUUGACAGGGAAAGCGCUUGGAGAACCGUUUUAGUCUAAAAAAUGACAUUAGAAUCAUAUUUUGAAAUCAAAUUACUAGAGACCUCACUUGGAAGCUAGAGAGCGCGUAAAAGGAGGAGAGAACAGACAUAUCGACUAUCUGUUCUCUCUAAAUUUUCUGUAGUCUUUCUGUAUGAACAGGAAUUUUUUUUUGGUCCCAAUCGUAAUUUCGAACCGAUUGACUUCACUCUAAAGUUAGAGAGCGUGAAAAAAGAGGAGAAAACAGACAAAUUGACAGCCUGCUGUCUCCAAGAUUUCCGUCGUCUUGAGAUCACGUUUUUAUGGAGAAAAAUUUUCGAUCUUAAAAGCUGAACAUUUUGGAGUUUGCAAUUGAAAAUAAGUUUUUUACAUAGUUUAAAUUCGAAAUCCUAGGAAAUUUCCACAGACGUUGAAAAUUUUUUUGACAUCUUCUAGACAUUGUGGGAACCUCAAGAGACGCAGAGAAGCCAGAGUAAACUAUGAUUCUUUCCGUCUCUUCGCUUUCUCACGGUCUUCCAACUUUCACCUUUUCAUAACAAUUUUUUUCCUGAGAAAUCACUUUUUUCUAUAAUUAUUGAGUGUAGUUAGGGACCGCAGACGAAUUUUCAAAAAUUUUUUUUCAGCAUCGAGCUUUGUAUGGUUCGAUAGCUGUUUCGAUUCAAAACUCAGAACCGUUUAGUUUUUCAAAAAAGAUUGAGGAUGAAAAAAGUUAUGACGGAAAAUGUGGCGCGCCGCGCACCAUUUUUUUAGUACUGAAAUUUUUGGUAUUAUCCAUUUUUUUGACAUUUUUUUCUCGAUUUUUUUCUUCUAGAACAAGUUUUUGAUACUGGUCUAUUAUGAUGUAACAAAUCAUAAUAGAGUGCUAAAAUGAUGCUAAUCAGCUAGUUUGCCGAAAAAAAGUCGGUAUUUUCCAGAAAAACAAAAAAACUGCCGCUUGCGGGCAUCGAACUCGCGACCUCAAAAUGAAAAAAAUCGCAGCGCACGCGCUGCGCCAAGCUGUUAAGUCUAGCGAUGGGAGCUUCCAUCCGCCAUACCCUUUGAGCCGUUUGAAUAGCACAGAUUGCCUAUUUCAAAAAGAAAAAUCUUAAAGUAAUUAAGAUAUUUUUUUAUCAGAAUAUGUUCGCAAAUCUUUACUCAAACUUUCCGUGAAAAAUUCACUUCGAAAAAAACUGUUUUUUUAGUGCUUUUUGGCCUCGUUUAACGAUCGCUGCCUUAAAAACGGCCCCGUAAAUUUUUUUGGCAAAGACGAAUUUUUUUAUUUUAUUCUUUUAAUUGAAAGAUUUUUUUACUAAUAAAUGUAUAUAAUCGUUUGAAAAACCUGCGUUCGACCGCUUUCUGUGUGAUAAACGCCGCUAAUUUUUUUCUCUAGUUUCAAGAGCAUUUUUGCGUAUUAAACAACUUUUUCAAGCAAAGAUGCUGUAGAGAAAUAUUUAAGUAAGCUCAUGAUCUAAAUUUUGAAAAAACAAAAACUCGAUUAUAUUCGCUUAUUAACGAUAUUUUUGAAUUAUGACUUUCGGCACUCCCUAAAAAUUUUUUUGGCAAAGACGAAUUUUUUUAUUUUAUUGUUUUAAAAUUACCGUUACUUGAAUCAAAAAUCAUUAUUUAAAAAAAGAAAGAGUGCGUUCGACCUAAAAAAACACAUGAAAAAAAGCAAAAAAACGACAAAAAUUUUUUUAGUUCCAUUCACGUUUUUGUACGACAUUCCGCGCGAACGCAUCAAAAAAGCGUGAAAUAUUUUUUAAACGAAAGAGGAAGCUUUUCUGUACAAGUGUGUCAAAUUUUAUUUGCCAGUUCCACAUAUUUUACAACUACAGCAAAAAGAAAGUUGAAAACCAAAAAAAAGCCACUUUUUCUAUCGCGAAAAGGGGCGUGGCUUUGCGGUCCCUAAGUGUAGUAUGUAUUUAUGCUCACAUGGGGAAAAGAACUUUGAUUUUUUUUAGCUUUAUUUUUUUCUUGUUUUGGUGUGAUAAUGAAAGAGCAAGGUUCUCAGGAAAUUGCGUACUUUUUUUGGCGCUACGAGGUUUUUUUCUUUGCUUUUUGCAGUGAAAAGCAUGGAAAAUAGGGGAAAUGAGGGGUUUUUUGAAUUUUUUAAGUUCCUUUUUUUUGAAAAUCUAUAUUAGUUGAGAUCAGCUAGGGAUGACUAUUUAAAUCGAUCUGUAAAUAUAAUUUUUGACUUUAACUCUCUAUAAUCAGGUCCAAUGGAAUUUAAAAAAAAAUCGAAUUUCGAGUUUUAAUCUUGAAAUAGUUCCCCUUCACAUCUUCUCAUCCAUUUACUGUCCGUAAAAGCCCGUAAAUCCCUAUUUUUUAUCGAAAAAUCAAAUUUUCUCAACAAAUACCAUUUUGAUGUGAGAUUUGUAUAGAUGUGUGUCUGUUUGUGUGUGUGUGUGUGGACAAACUAUCAAUAUUUAUCAAUUUUCUUGGAGAUUCCGUCUGUAUUUGUCCGUCGACGUGUGUAUUUGUAUAUUUGGGCGCUUAAAAUGCAAUUGUGCAUUUGUUGGCCAAAUGGCGAAUGUUUGUCAAAACGGCACGUAAAUUGUAUACAAUAUGUGUGGAUUUUCGGGCGCCCCUGGCAUUUCGAGAGAAGGGAUUUUUUGAAGUUUGGAGAGUUUUUUGGAUUUUUGGAGCUUUUUUUUGAAACAUAAUCGGGAAAAUUAUCUAUGGAGCUCAAAAUUUUCAUUAGAAACUUGUCGGAAAGUGUGAAAAAUCGAUGUUUUUUCGGUUUUCUUGAAGAAUCAGUGAGAGAGUGGGCAAAAAUGAGAGAGUUUUACAGAAGCCCUUGAUUUUUAAUCAAAUGAAGGUAUAUUGAAGAUAAAUUGGAGGUAUUUUUUUCAAGUAUAUUCACUCAUUUUCUCCAGUUUUUUUCAAUGAUUCUUGCGGAUUUUCGUAAAUUUUCGCAUUUUUUUCAAAUCGUCGAUUUUUAAUUUUUUUUUUUGAAGGUGUAUUUCGAAAAUUUUAAAAAUGAUAUUUCGCUUAAAAAUGCUCCGAAGCAUGGUUUUUUUGCGCCAACUACUUGAAUAACUCAGCGAUUUCGGUUUUUUUGAGAUCAAAUUUUGAAAAAAAUGGUUCUGAAAAAGUUGAAAAAAAUUUCGAGAAAUCUUCAUUAUUUUCAGGUUUUCAAGCUAAAUUCCUAGUUUUUAUAGCUUUAAAGUGUUCCGAAACACUUGAUUCGUACUUUUUUGGCGCUUUUUUCAUCGGAGGGACUAAAAUAACUCUGAUUUACAGCCAAAAAAUGUGGAAAAAAUGUUCAAUAAAAUGCACGAUUUUUCAUUUUCCAUGCCAAAUUUGUUUCGAAAUAACCAAAUCAUGCUUUUUUGUUCUGACGCCUCUCAAUCUGAUGGCCUAUAAAACUUUGAUUCUCAGCCAAAAAACAAUGAAUGGAGGUCAUUCUGUUGUCAUCCUCCGGCUUGGAUAUUCGGUUCUCAGACGUCAAAAAAUCAAAAAGAAAAAAAAAGUCGCAGCUGACCAACUGCGCGAAAAAGCGAGAGUAUUUGUGUCAUGCGCGCAGUGCUUUCCCGUGCCUCUUGUUUUUGGUUUUCUCCGGGAUCAACAACAAAUUUUUCGGGAUGUUGUGCGGAUUGGGGAGUUGAGAUUCGUCUUCUUUGGAAUUCUUAGGAAAUCCGCGAGUCAAAAAAGCUUAAAAAUGGACAAGAAGGGCUGUGAAAUAGUGCGGGCUAUUUUUUGGAAGCAAAUGCGCUCCAUGGCUAAAUUGUCACUUUUCGCUCUUUUUACAAUUUUUUUCGUGGAUUUUCGUCUUUAAACAAGCGUGAUUUGGAGUUUUAGUAUUUAUUUUUGAGAUAUAAGGAUUUUAUUUAGUAUUUAUUUUUGAGAUAUAAGGAUUUUUUUGAAAACUCAAAUCUGAUUUCAAAUUUAAGUCCGACUUUGAUAUUUUUGAGAUUUUUUUCUUUGAUUUUUUUGGCCGAAUUUUUUUAUUUUCUCUUGAAUUUUUUUCGAAGAAUCAGAAGUUUAAAAAGCUUGAAAAAUAGGAAAAAAAUAUUUUUUUCUGGCUAAUUUUUUUGAAAAAUGCGCUCCGUGGCUAAUUUGUUAUUUCUUGCCCAAUUUUCUAAUUUUUUUAUUUUUUUUCGUGAGCUUUCAGCCUUAAAACUUGUUGAAAGUCAAAUUUUGAAAGAAUUGGAAAAAUUUAUUUUAUGGAAAUCUCGGCUCUUCUUCAUUAUUGGAACUCAAAAAAACCUUUUAAUAUCACGAAAUUCUUCUGCAAAUGAGUAAUUUUUUUUUUCGAAAAAAAUCGUUUUUCGUCUCCUGGAAAAAUAAUUAGGCGGCGGCCGUUUUUGCUGUUUACUCCGUCGAGAGUGUCAUCACGUGGGUAUUGAUCCAAAUAAAAAGUUUUCUCCUUGUUUUCAAACUAAAUUUCCGGUUGGACUAGAAAAAAAUACUGGCCUUUUUUUACUCAUUGUGAGAAGAUAAAAUGAGUAUUUUUUUGUUGAAUUUUUCAAAGUAAUUUUUUUGAAAUUCUUUUUAAAUAAUUUAGUCGAACUAGUCAUUCUAUGUAGAGUUUUUGUAUUAGAUUGUUUUUUGGCGAUAGCAUUUUUUUUCGAGUGGAAAAACAUGGAUAAUUUGCCUGGUUCAUCUUCUUCAAUAAUUUGAUGUCGAGGCGACGUAAAUACGCCACAACACAACUAUUGAGAGUCGGGGUAAACACUUGAAAAAGGAAGAAGAAUGAGGAACUUCUGAACGUCUAAAUGUCCAUAUUUGGAGUGGAAAUGGAUUUUUCCAAGGUGAACUUAGAGAAAGUUCGAUUUUUUGAAAUGUAAAGUCAAGGAUGAAGGGGGGCUUAAAAGCGAGGCUCUGAGUCGAAAAAAUAGAAUUGGACAAAACUCGGAUUUUUGUAAAUCGGAAAAGUCAAUAAUGAAGAUCGAAAUCAGAAAAAUCAGAUUUCAAGUGUGUUUUGAACAAGGAAAAGAGGAUUUGGACGAAAUUUGGACUCCUUUGAAAUUUAAAAAAAUCAAGGAAAAUGAUCAAAAUUAGAAAAAUUAUGAUUUUUUUACCAUUUUCCUAACGAUAAAUUCAAUUUUCCCGACUCCGACUUUUUAUUUUUUUUUUUGAAAUUUUUCUUCCAAAUCCUCUUUUUCUUGUUUGGAUAAUACUUGAAAUCUGAUUUUCAUGGUUCCAAAUUUCCUAACUAGCCAUUUGACUCGAAAGUUUGGAUUUUUUUGAAAAUUGAUUCCAUCAAGGUACUGAAAAUCUCAGACUAUACAUUUUUCCAGUUUCAGGAAAAAUUAGGGCUCAAAAUAUCAGAGAAUCUUCUAUCUUUUUAUGGUAUUUUUUGAAUUCAACCCUUCUUUUUUUUUCAUUUUUUAGUUUUUGGCAAGGAAAUUCAAUAAAUUCUCAAUCGCUCAUUUUUUUGAAAGGUCUGUCUUUGAAAAAAAGAAUAACUGGAUUUUGGAAUCGUUUUGAAACACGGUUUGAAAUAGGUACGAAGAGGAUGGUUCAAAAAUUUUUUUUCCUAAAAAAAUUUUUUUCUCAAAAACCAGUCAAAAAAAUUGAUAAGAAUUUUUUUAGUUUUUUUGGCAAGGAAAUUCAAGAAUUUCUCAAUCGCUCAUUUUCGAAAGGUCUAUUUUAAAAAAAAAAACUGGAUUUUGGAAUCGUUUUGAAACCCGGUUUGAAGAGGAUGGUUCGAAUUUUUCCUCAAAAAACCAUGCAAAAAUUGGUAGGAAUUCCCGAUUUUCCCUAGAAUCUUCAUUAAUUGAACUUUUGUAGUGUAGCUCCAGACCACAGAAUAUGAAUGGCAUGUUUUUUGUUGAUUGGAAAGAGAGAAGGGAAAGUGUUCGGUUUUUUUUUCUCGGGAGCGACGUCUAUCUGUGGGCACGACGCCAACAAACAAACGAGAAGCAAACAUGUAGUCAUAUUACUCUCCCGCCGGACUCCCCACUCUCUCCCUUUGCAGUUUGUUUACAACUUUUACCACUGAAAAGAGAGUUUUUUUCCUCCUUUUUCCCCCACAAACAAGGAUGAUUUUCUUUCGGGGGACCUUUGAAGAUGAGCAUUUCGAUAUCAUUGCAUGAUUAUAGAAAGGUAGAAGUGGGGUCCUUUUAUGCUUUGGGUGAAGCUUAUUGUCUCCUUGAACUGGUAGUGACCGCUUUAGGGGUCUCAAUAAAGCUUCAGGACCAGGAAAAUCAUUAGAGGUCACUCAAGGGUUCUUAGAAGUUUAAAGAACAAGUAUCGGAUGUGCAGUGACCCUUCUUGGAUAAAGCUUAAGGACGUCUUGAACUAGUGGUGACCGCUCUAAGAGUCUCAAUAAGGCUUCAAGAGCUCUUGAUAACUAUUAGUGGUCACUCAAGGGGUCUUAGAAGUUUAGAAGUUUAAAAAUCAAAGGUCUGAAACGUAGUGAUCUUUUUAGGGUCUAGGUGAAGCUCAUACACUUCUUUGACUGUUAGUGACCGCUUUAGGAGUCUCAAGGAGGUUCCCAGACCUCUUUGAAAUCAUUAGUGGUCACUCAAGAGUUCUUAGAAGUUUAAAGAACAAAUAUGGGAUGUGCAGUGAUCCUUCUAGGGUCUGGGUGAAGCUUAUCGUCUCCUUGAACUGGUAGGGACCGCUUUAGGGGUCUCAAGGAGGUUUCAAGACCUCUUUAAAAUUAUUAGUGGUCACUCAAGAAUUCUUAGAAGUUUAACGAUCAAAGAUUUGAAGUUUAGUGAUCCUUCUAGGGUCUAGGGGAAGCUUAAUAACUUCUUGAACUGGUAGUGACCGUUUUAGGGGUCUCAAUGAGGUUUCAAGACCUCUUUAAAAUUAUUAGUGGUCACUCAAGAGGUCUCAAGAGGUAAAUUUUGAAGAAGUUGAGAUAAGUGAUCAUUUAAGGGAAAACGUUAAGCUUAAGGCUUCUUAAACUGGUAGUGACCGCUUUAGGAGAUUAAAAUAAGCUUUUAGACUUCUAGAAUUGUAAGUGGUCACUCCAGGAGAUAAAAUAGCUAAAAAGAAGUGAUCUUUCUAGGUCUAGGUGAAGCUUAGGGCUCCUUGGACUGUUAGUGACUGCUUUAGGUGUUUGAAAGAAGGGUUCGAGCUCCUAGAGUGACAAUUUUAAGAGUGUGUAAGAAUAUUUUAUAUUCAUCUGCAACUGUAGAUAGUCAUAUAAAAGUCAUAUAUCUACACAUUUCGGGCUCUUAUUGGUAACUUAAGGGGUCGAGCUUCACUCAAGGGAUCACUAAUUCGGGAAGGUUUGAGAGAUGACUAAAGAGUUUUUUCUCGAGGUGAAACUCAAGUGGCCAGUUUAGGAGCUGUAGGAGACAUACUGAAGGGAUCUCUUCAAGUUUUUUUCGGCUGAAGAUAAAAUGAGUCAUUCGGAAGCAAGAGAAGAGAAGACUGAUGUCGCUUUUAAGAGGCUACUAAAUUAUUCUUCGAGGAGAAGUGUGGAUGACUCAUUGGCAAGGAAGAUAUCAGAAAGAAGAUGAAAUGCCUCAAGGGAUCACUAAAAGGAUUCUUGAAGACUUAAGUCGUCACUGUAGGGGUCACAAGCUCUGAGUGGUCACUCAAGGGUAUGUCUUCUUCCACGAACGAAGAACAUUCCUUAGUGGCUACUCUAGGGAUCUGAGGGAGCAAAUGAUUCAGUGAUACUUUUUUUUGUACAAAAACCAACUUCGAAAAGUCAAUUUUUGGUGUCUUCUUUCAAAUAUUUGAGCUUACGAUGCUGUCAUUCCGAUUUAUGGUCUUUAUUUGAACUUGUCCAAGUUACAGUAAGAUCAGACAUGUUUCUUUGGGCUAUUUCGGUUGGUUUUGUUUGCACUGGAGUUUUGGAAAUGUAAAAAAUUGCGCAAAAAUUGGAUUGAAAUAAAAAAUUGUAGAUUUCUCUUUAAAUUUUGAAUCUCCGGCAAAAAUUUUUUUCUUAAGGCUUUUUACACAUUUUUCAAUUUUUAAGUUUCGAAAGCUGGGUUUCAAUAAUCAUGACGCAAUACUUUAUUAAAGUUCUUGAGCCCAAAAAGCCGUGUUUCUAUAAUUAUGUCGCAUUAUUUUUCUUCAUUUUUUGAGUCCCAAAUUCUGUGUUUCAAUAAUUAUGACGCAACAUUUUUUUCUUCUAAUUUUUCGAGUCCAAAAUCUGCGUUUCAGUAAUUAUGAAGCAAUAUUUUUCUUCAUUUUUUGAGUCCCUAAAAGCUGUGUUUCAAUAAUUAUGUCGCAAUAUUUUAUUCCAAUUUUUGAGCUCAAAAAGCCGUGUUUCAAUAUUUAUGACGCAAUGUUUUUUUUUUCAAAAUUUUUUGAGCCCUGAAAGUUCGUGUUUCAAUAAUUAUGUCGCAAUAUUUUUGUUCUAACUUUGAGUCCUAAAAGCUGUGUUUCAACAAUUAUGACGCAAUAUUUUUCUUGAUUUUUCGAAUCUCAAAAGCCUUGUUUCAGUAAUUAUGUCGCAAUAUUUUUCUUUAUCCUCGCAACCCCAAAAUCUGUGUUUCAAUAAUCAUCACGCACCAUGUCACUCAGCAAAAAAAAACUGGCUCUUUUGGCUGUUCAUCAUGACGAUUGAAAUGAAAAUUGGCUUGUUGUUUACUUUUUUCCCAAUUUCUGACGUUUUUCCUGUGCUGGCCAGUGUCAGUCACAUGUUCGUUUUGCGUUCCCAACAUGAUGACACGCGAUUAAAUGAUCUAAUCAAAUCAAUUCUCCCGAUUGGUUCUGGUUUCGGCUAGAGAAGGAAGAUUUGUUUUGGGGUGAUUUGGAUAGAGGAAAGUUGAAAUUCAGGUCUGAUUACUGUAGUUUUGUAGAGAGAAAAGUUGGAGGAUUCCACAGAAGUUUGGUAUAUUGGUUCUGUAGUGAUAUGGGUACUAUAGUCGGUAUUUUAUAUGUAUAUAUAUGGGUACUGUAGUCGGUAUUUUUCACCGUAACCUGCAAGAAUUUGUCGUUUUUGAACCAGGCCAUGAUAGAUUUCAGUUUUUUAAGAUUAAAAACAAAAAUUAAGAUUUUUCAGUGUUGUUGAUGGUGAAAAAACCGGUUUUGCUGGUUUUGGUUCGAUUGAAAUGGGUACUGUAGUUAGUUUAAUUGUAGUACAGUAAUCUGCUGAAGUUUUGCUGAAAGUACAAUAACCUGCUGAAGGUUACUGUAUCUAAAACAUGGAAUAAUUGAACUUGGAUUCUUUUUACUGUAUUUUAAGCCUAGAAUGAUUGGAUUUUGGCUCUUUUUUCAAUUUUCAAAGGUUUGAAUUUUUUUUUAAAUGCUUUUAUUAGUUGAAAAGCGAUUUUGAAUCUAGUGAAUUCGAUGAAAAUUACUGUACCUUUGCCUGGGUUACAGUGAACCAACGGCAAGAUUGAGAAUUUUUCAGCACUCUUGUCGUGACUUUUUUCUUUUUCCGAAAAUAAAAUAGGCUAUUUUUUCUCUAGAUCCUAUGAAGCUUAACUUUUCCUUUUUUGGUCAGUAAUAACCUUGGAAAGUUGAUUCUGAAUUCUUCCAUUGAAAAAUCGGGUCAAUCGUCAAGAUUUCCUCAAUAAAGUUCUUCCAGAUGUCGCCGCCGACGUCGAUGGCCGCCGACUCCUCGGUCCAGCAGCCCUCGUCAACGUCAUCGACCUCGUUCCUGACGGUGCCGGCGACGCCGAGCGUCAGCCACUCGGCUUCUGUCACCGUCGCCGCGCCGCUGACCCCACAGCCGCCGAAGCACUCGCUGAACACCAUGCCGCCGUUGAUCACCCACUCCCACUCAGUCGGACCCGUCUGCGGGCUGACCCCGCUGCAGAGAGCCGCCAGCAUCGCCUCGACGGAGACGUCGCCCAACCCCGACCUCAAGCCGUUUGUCCCGCGUCGGAGUCGCAUCUCCGACAAGACCGUUCAGCCGAUCUCGUCGGAUAUCGCCAAGAAUCGGUGAGUUUUUGGGAACCUUUGCUUCGGAAGUUGAGCUUGGACUCCGAAACUCGCAAAUAUUAUUUUUUCGAUAUCGCUGGAAUUCUGUAGGAUUUAGAAGCACAGAAACUAGGAAAGACAAGAAAAAUUCUAUAAACUUGACAUUUGAAGCUUAGAAACAUCGAAUAUAAGGCAAUUUUGAAGGGAAUGCUUCAGCACUUCUUCAUGCAUUAUUUCAAAUUAUCCUUCUCUAAACUCGUAAUUUUCUAGGGAUUUCUACCGAUCAAACGACGUCCGACCUCCCUACACCUAUGCGUCGUUGAUCCGGCAGGCGAUCAUGGAAUCGCCGGAUUGUCAAUUAACACUUAAUGAGAUCUACACCUGGUUCACCGACACCUUUGCCUACUUCCGAAGGAACGCGGCUACUUGGAAGGUUCCUUUUUCUACCUUUUUUAAAGAAAACAGUCUUGAUAAGGCUUGAUAUGAAUUUUCUGAAAAGCUCUUAUUUUUUUAAAAAAAUCUGAAAAAAAUGAUAAUUUGGAGUUUAUGGGUCUCCAAAGUGGUGGUCUGAAAAAAAUGGCUAUUUCUUAAAAAGCUUUUUGCGCUCCAUAGAUAACUUUUUCAAAAAAAUCUGUUUUCAAAAUAAGGAUAAAAAAACGUUUGAAACGAACUUAUACACAGUAGAACUGCUCAGAAAAAAAUAUCAAAGCUUUUUUCUAUGAGUAUGUGCGCUCCACUGACAAAAAUUCAAUUUUUUUGAGUUAAAGCAUUUUUUUUCAAGCUUACGUAUUUUUUGGAUGAACAUAGUGAGUCUCUUGAUUUUAUUGAUUUUCUGAGAAAAAAACCGUGUUACCAGUAAAAUUUCCCACAAUGGCUUUUUCAGUUAGCUUGUGCGCUCCAUUGACAAAAUGUCAAUUUUAGGAAGUUUUUUGCCUUUUUUUGAUCCACAGCUUUUUUACAAUGCAAGGAUGAACAUGUGCCUUUUUUUCAUAUUACUAAUUAAUGGAGUAGUUUUUUUACUCCCCACUGAAGUCAAUCCUAUUUUUGGGACACGCACAAAAAACAAAAAACAAAACACACAAAAACAAGCUGCUGAGGCGAGCCGAGUAAACUUGUUUUUGCUGUCGGAAUACGGCAACACAAGCAAAAAACAACCUAUUUUCUUUUUCUCCCUUGUUGAUUUUGACAAGGAAGAGACGGAAAAUUGAAUGAUGAGUUGAUGAAAAAAGAGGAAAAAUGGAUUUUUUUAAGGAUGGGGCCACUUUAGUGUUCGUUCCAAGCUCUAUAGUGGCCACUUGAAAUUUUUCGACCAUUACAAAUAAAUCAGUAAUUAUUUCAUGAACAAGACUUGUAUGGAAAAAAAAAUUUUUUUCUCAAAAAACUCGUGAAAAUCACGUAUUUGUCCAUGGAGCGUAGAAAACUUAUAAAAAAAUAGCCUCAAACGUUUUUCUCUGAUUAUUCAAACAUAUAUACAAAAUUUAAAUUAAAAAAACCCGUAAAUUUCACUAUUUGUCAAUGGAGCACAAGAAACAAAUUAGAAAUGGCCUGGGAUUUUUUUUUGAAUUUUUUUUUCAAACGCAUUAUAACCUUGUCGAAAAUCUAAAGGAUUGGUCGAUUUUUCAAGAAACGGCUCCUGGAACGAAAAAAUAAGCUUAUAGUGAGUUCGAAAAGAAGCUUUUACAGUAUUACCCAAAAAAUUCGUGAAUUUCCCUAUAUGUCCAUGGAGCAUAAUAAACACAUCAGAAAUAGCCGAAAGUUUUUUUUUUCAUUUUUUUUCGAACGUAUCGUAUUCUUAUCGAAAAUUUGAAGCAUUGGUUGAUUAUUAAAGGAACCAGUCGUGGAACAAAAAAGAGGGAAUAGUGGUUUCGAAAAGGUUUUUACAGUAGUCUACGGAUUUUUUUGAAAAUUUUGUAAACCUCCAGUUUUUCUGAGCCGACUUUCAUCACUCUCUCCCAAAAAAAACCUGUUUUUUUCGAAUAAUAAUUUUUUUCUUCCAAUUUUUCGUUUCCAAUUCUUCAAACUGAGCCAAACGCAACUGUCAACAACACACGCGAUGUCGCGGCCAAUAUAUUUUCUUUUUCUAUUUUCUCGCUAUCUCUCUCUCCAUCGCUUAUUUUUCGUUCGUCGCCCCAAACUCGUGAGAAAGCAGUCGUCAACAAAAACAUACACACAAAGUGGCGUACACAAAACAAAUCGAAUUUUUGAUCCGAGGGGUCCUUUUAAUGAAAUUUUUGAAGUUUUUGGCCGUGGAGCGCACUUGGGUGUUCAUAAAAAGCCGGUACAUAAAUAUUUGGGCUGAGAAGUCCUUUUGGGGAAUUUUUCGAAGUUUUCGGCCGUGGAGCGCACUUGGGUGUUUAUAAAAAGCCGGUAUAUAACUAUUCGGUCUGAGGGGUCUUUUCAGGGAAAUUUUUGAAGGUUUUAUCCGUCGAGCGCAACCAGGUGUUCUUAAAAAGCCUGUACAUAAAUAUUCGGUCUGAGGGGUCAUUUUAGUGAAAUUUUAGAAAUUUUUUGCAGUAGAGCGCUUUUGCGUGCUCGUAAAAAGCCGGUAUAAGAACAUUUGGUCUGAGAGGUUUAUUAAGUAAAAAUUUUGAAUAGUUUGGCCUUGGAGCGCACUUAGAUUUUCGUAAAAGGCCGGUAUUUAAAUAUUCGGUCUGAGGGGUUUUUUAAGUGAUUUUUUCUGAAGUUUUUGCCGUAGAGCAAACUUGUGUGGGCUUAAAAGCCGAUGCAUCGUUGAAGCAAGGACUUGUACUCGAAAAAGUUCCAAUCUUCUGAUCUGAGGGAUCCUUAAAGUUAAUUUUUGAAAAUUAGACAUCAAGAAGUUGAAUUUUCUCAUUUUUCGUGGUUUCAGAACGCGGUGCGGCACAACCUGUCGCUGCACAAAUGUUUCCAAAGAGUUGAGCAAAACGUGAAGGGCGCCGUUUGGACCGUCGACGACUCGGAAUUCUACCGGCGGCGGCCCCAAAGAGCCAACGCCACCAGAAGUCAGCCCCAAACUCCGUUGCCUGAAGAGGUAGGGAAAGUUUAUUCAUUAAAAUUUAUAAGACUCUGGUCGCAUGUGGAAUGGCUCAAUGCGUCGCGGUUGUCUUUCAUAUUCAAAAUAUUCUGACAGAAGCGCGCAACUCGGUUCAAAGUCGGAUGCAUCUUCAUACUACCCGUUUAACGCUGAGCCAUUCCCCGUGCGGCCAAAAUUUUCCAAACCUGUUGGCAUGAAUUGUCUUGUUUCACAGCUGCGAACCUUGAAUUCGUGAAAACCCAUCGAUCUCUAAAAAAUUUCGAAGUUUCACGGAAGAAAAAGAAGAAUUUAAGGUUGCGCAGCGGUUUAUGGACCAUGGUCUUGGCUCAAUUUUUGACGUCCAGAGCUACGAUCCCUCGUCGUCGUCGGCUGAAGGGUUCGGCAUCAAUGGCGGCCUCGACAGCGUCCUCUCCUUCCUGGGUGAGGAUUUUUCUAGAUUUUUGUAAAAAAAAAAUGUUCAAAUGGUCGAAAACGACAGGAAAUACGGCUUUGAUUUUGAAUCGAAAAUGCAGGAUUUGGCUGAUUUCAAAUAGUCUUUGAAAGUCAUCGAGAAAACUUUGCAAACCCGCUUUUUUUAAUCUCAAACUUAUAUUCUUACUGUCUUAAAGCUUCAAGUAUGCUCGUCUGAAAAUAUGCCUUUUCAGCAACCCAAGCCGACGUCCACAAUCCGUUGUCGCUGCUGUCGGCGGCGGCGGCGGCGUCGGAGCACGGCUCUGGCGUGACCACACCCCGACCCACUAUUUCCAUCAAAGACGAGUCCAGCGACCAGGAGCAGCAGUCCAUCAGCAGCAUUGUCUGCAACGGCGCCAGAUGUUUGUUUCUUUUUUUUCUGGGAUAUCGCUGGCGGUCCAUCGGCGACAUCGCGAAAGGGCUGCUUUGUGGCCACACCGGACUUGUAUUUUUCUUGACGCGAUAUCGCACUUUGAAAACGCGAUGGCGCACUUUGAAACUUUUCUUAGACGCAAGAGAAAUGCGAUGUCGCGUCUAAAAAAAAAUAUCUGGCAAAGCGGUCUAUUAGCGAUGUUUUAAACAUUACGCGAUAUCGCUCUUCUCUCGCGCUUCAAAAAAACGAGAUAUAGUCGAGACUUGAAACUUUUCUCUGCCUCUCUUUGUCCCCUCACAGGCGGGGUCAGAUAAACUUGAAAAUAGCACGUCAAAAUGAGAGAGUUCCUGAGAGACGAGGAGGGCGCAGAGAAGUCGCAUUUCUUUCCAAGUAGUGAAGAACUAUAUGCGUAAAACUACUUUCUGAGAGAAAAUAUCUGAAAAUAAGAAGCGAGAAAGAAGCGAAUAAAUGAAGGGACGCCAGAGAAAGAGAGAAAAUCCACCUCUCUCGCGUCUCUUACAGCUGUUUAUCUCUCGCUUUUGUCAAUUUUUGGCGUUUUUACUGUAUCUAAGUCAUCCAGGGAGAGUAUCAUAAUUUAUCCUGAGGAGUUCUGAAUAAAUUUUUCGAAACAUUUCAGCCUUAACCGUCGAAAAUCCGACCCCAGCCAAGCGGCCGGCCUCCGCAAAUCCAGUCAUCAACGCCGUUACGUCCUGUUAA